GUGGAGCGAUGGCAAAGAAGAAGAAUCCGCUGGUGUUUAUGGAUGUGUCCAUAGAUGGUGAUCCUGUUGAAAGGAUGGUUUUUGAGCUUUUCUAUGAUAUUGCUCCAAAGACUGCAGAAAAUUUCCGUGCACUAUGUACAGGAGAAAAGGGUGUUGGUCCAAAUACCAGAAAAUCACUACACUACAAGGGUUCUUUCUUUCAUCGAAUAAAAGGCUCCUUUGCCCAGGGACUGGAGGAGAAAGCAUAUAUGGUUCCAAGUUCCCAGAUGAGUCACCUAGGCUAAAGCAUGAUGGUCCAGGCCUUCUAUCAAUGGCAGUUGCUGAUCGUGACAUGCUUGGUUCUCAUUUUACCCUCACUUUUAAAGCUGACCCCCAUCUUGAUAGGAAACAUGUAGUCUUUGGCAAGCUUGUGCAAGGGCAUGAUGUAUUGAAGAAAAUUGAAGAAGUGGGUGAUGAAGAAGGACUUCCAAGUGUAACUGUUAAAAUAAUUAAUUGUGGUGAACAUAAUGAGGAUGGAAAGAAGAUAAAUAAAUCAAAAAAGGUAAGAGAUGGAUCUUCCAAAACCAAUAGUCAUGAAGUGCCGCAUAAGGGAAAGCACAAAAAAUCUAGAGCAGACAGAAGGAGAAAAUACUACUCAUCAGAAUCUGAUAGUUCCUCAGAUUUAGACAUGGAAUCUUCAGAAAGUAAUAGUGAUUCUGACUCAGAUGUAUCUUCAUCAUCUUACACAAGUUCCUCCAGCGAUGACAGGCGGAGAAAGAGAAAAAGGUCUAGGAAAAAUAAACUUAGACGUGGAAAAAGAAGAGACAAACACAGAGACAAGAGACAAAGGAAACAAGACAAAAGAUCAAAGCUUAGAUCAAGAAGGGAAUUGGCCAGUCAUACCAAUUCAGAUAGUGGAAGUAGGAGUGACAACAACUCUGAUGGCAAAAGUGGUGCUGCUCAAGCGAAAGAUAAGAAGCAUAAAGGUCAUUCUCAGAGACAUGCUGAAGGUCAACCUUCCGUAGUUGCGGAGAAAGAGUUACAUCACAUGCACCUUGAAAAGAGGGAGAAACCGAAUAUGCUAGAGGAGGAAGAAUUCCCAAAGGAAAAUGGAGAGUGGCAUAGCAACAGCACUGGGGCUAACCAUAGAUCUGACAGAAGGGAAGGGAGGCAGCCUGAUGUGAUGGAUGAUCAACUAGGCAAAUCUAGGAAUCAAAGCAGGAGCCCCAAGCGAACCAUGAGUAUGAGUAUUAGUCCAAGGAGUGACAGAAAAAGCCCAAGCAUUGAUCCAAAAAGGAGGUUGAGCAGAAGUCCAGGUGGUAGUAGAAGCCCUCAUGCUCCAUUAUGGAGGAGUUUGAGCAGGAGUCCAAACAGAAGAAGCAUUAAAAGAAGCCCAGUGAGAGGUAGGAAGGGAAGAAGUGUUAGUAGAAGCCCCGUGAGCACUCACAAUCAUGGAAGUAUCAGUAGAAGCCCUGUGAGAUCUCGUGAUCAUAGAAGUGGCAGUGCAAGCUCUGUAAAAUCCCUUUCUCAGGGCCGUCGAAGGAGUUUACCCAGAGCACCUUCGCGAAGAUCAAUCAGCAGAAGUCCCGUGAAAUCACAUGGUCAUAGAAUUCUCAGUAGAAGCCCUGUGAGAUCACGUGGUCAUAGAAGUGUCAGUGCUAGCCCUGUAGGAUCCCUUUCUCGUAGCCACCGAAGUUCACCCAGAGCACCAUCACAAAGAUCAAUCAGCAGAAGCCCUGUGAGAACUCAGAAUCAUAGAAGUGUCAGUAGAAGUCCUGUGAGAUCUUGUGAUCAUAGAAUUGUCAGUGCAAGUCCUGUAAGAUCCCUUUCUCGUAGCUGCCAGAGGAGUUCACCCAGAGAACCAUCAUGUAGAUCAAUAAGCAGAAGCCCUGUGAGAACUUGCAGUGAUAAAAGUGUCAGUAGAAGUCCUAUGGGAUCUCAUGGUAAUAGAAAUGGCAGUGCAAGCCCUGUAAGAUCCCUUUAUCUGAGUCAUCGUAGGAGUUCACCAAGAGCACCAUCAGGAAGAUCAAUUAGCAGAAGCCCUGUAAGAGUGUCAAGAAAGAGUAUAAGCAGGAAUCCAGUUAGAUCAUCUGCCAGAAGCUUGAGCAGAAGCUCUGGUAGAGUCCCUUUGAGAAGCAUUAGCCGAAGUUCAGUUAGAGCACCAAGCAGAGUCAAUCGCCGCAGUUAUUCUAGGAGUCGUAGCCCUGUUUGUAGGGCAAGGACUCCUCGUGGUAGGAGCUUGUCUAGAAGUGUGUCACCUGAUGUUUCUCCGAAACGUAUCAGAAGGGGAAGAGGUUUCAAUGAACGAUACUCUUAUGCUAGAAGGUAUAGGACUCCCUCUCAGUCUCCCCCUAUGAGAUCAUACCGCUAUAGUGGCUAUAGUGGACGAAGUGACCGUGACAGAUAUUCAAGUUACAGAAGGUACUCCCCUAGGCGUAACAGGAGCCCACUGCCAUGCAGAAGAACUCCACCGAGGUUCCGAAGUAGGAGGAGCAGGACACCCUUUAUAUCACGCAGCCCACGUUACUGAGCUCGACAAUAUAGCCGAAGUCGUAGCCUGGUCUGCAGUCGUUCACCUGUUGAUACAUAUAGACCUCAUGUGGAGAGGAGCAGGUCAUCGUCCCAAAGCAGGAGUUCAUCACGAUCCCGGGCAGAAUCACAGUCUCCACCAAAAGCGAGCAGAAGGUCCUCAUCUGGAAGCCUAGAUGGAAAGAAAGGCCCUGUAUCUUAUAAAGAUGGUUCUCCUGACUCGAGCUAAAGGUGAAAUACUAUGGCAUAUCUAGUGAAAAUCGUCACUCAAUUUUGCUUGCUAGAAUUUGCGAAUAUCAUAUACUUUAUAAACCAAGGUUGUUAUUUUCUUCUAUUAAAUUGAAAUGGCUUGUUGAAAUAUAAUAAUAGUAAAACAUAUGCGUGUCACACUAGAGUGCAGUUUUAGUUACCCCCACCCCCUAGUUAUUUCUUAGUAAAUGCAUUGGGGUUGACUUAUGAAGUUUUGGCCUGCGGUUAGAGCUUAAUUUAGGUGUGUAAUUCUUGGUUAGUAUUUCUAUAUAUUGGACAUUAGGUUACUUUGUUAUCUAUAUAUCUUUGUUUAAUGGCACAUAUUAUGUUUAGACUAGUUUCAUAUGAUCAAGAUAUCAUAUCAAAAUUCUA